AUGUCACCUCAAGUUCUAUUACAUCGCUGGAUUCAACCUACGUUCGCUUUAAUGCUCCUACUUCAAGUUAUCCGUGUAUAUUUAAAUCACUAUCAUUCCGAUGCCAACACCUCCGCAGGAACCGCAGCAGGCACACCUGCAUCCCCGCCCGGAUCCAUCGUCAUUGGAGCAGGUAGAAUCUCGAUCGACAUCUGA